GACAACAAAUAUGGCGGAGAGGAGCAGGACGGCAGAGACGGGUAGUGACAUAGGAGGCGAUGAAAUCAUAGCAGGGAACGUGAACAAGUACACUGUUCUCCCAACUGGUUAUUCUGGACAGCCUAAAAAAGGACAUCUUGUAUUUGAUGCCUGUUUUGAAAGCGGUAACCUUGGAAGAGUGGACUACAUCACAGAAUUUGAGUACGACCUUUUCAUCAGACCAGAUACCUGUAACCCACGCUUUCGAGUUUGGUUCAACUUUACUGUUGAAAAUGUAAAAGAAUCACAGAGAGUAAUUUUCAAUGUCGUCAACUUCAGUAAAACAAAAAGCCUCUAUAGAGAUGGAAUGGCUCCAAUGGUGAAAUCCACAAGCAGACAAAAAUGGCAAAGAAUACCCUCCAAAAAUGUGUAUUACUAUCGCUGCCCAGACCACAGGAAGAACUAUGUCAUGUCAUUUGCUUUUUGCUUUGACCGUGAGAACGACACUUAUCAAUUUGCCUACUGCUACCCUUACACCUAUACUCGCCUUCAGCACUAUCUUGACAACCUACAGAGGAGGAACAUGGACUACUUUUGCAGAGAACUGCUAGGACUCAGCGUGCAGAGACGGCAGCUUGACCUUCUGACAAUAACCAGCCCUGCGAACCUGCGCCCAGGUGCUGAACAGAAAGUGGUGUUCAUCACUGCACGAGUCCAUCCUGGGGAAACGCCUUCUUCCUUCGUGUGCCAAGGUAUAAUUGAUUUCCUUGUGAGCCAGCAUCCUGUUGCAAAAGUACUGAGAGACCACCUGGUGUUCAAGAUUGCACCUAUGCUCAAUCCUGAUGGAGUAUACCUAGGAAAUUACAGGUGCUCUCUGAUGGGUUUUGAUUUAAACCGGCACUGGGCAAAUCCAUCUCCAUGGGCUCAUCCCACCCUGCAUGGAGUGAAGCAGCUCAUCGUUGAGAUGUACAACAACCCGAAGAUUAACCUGGAGUUCUACAUUGACAUCCAUGCGCACUCUACCAUGAUGAAUGGCUUCAUGUAUGGGAACAUCUUUGAAAACGAGGAAAGAUUUCAGCGACAGGCUGUUUUCCCCAGGCUGCUCUGUCAGAAUGCUGAAGAUUUCUCUUACUCCAGUACAUCCUUCAACCGAGAUGCUGUGAAAGCAGGGACAGGCCGGCGUUUUCUUGGUGGGCUGUUAAAUGAUACGUCCUACUGCUACACCCUGGAAGUCUCAUUCUACAGCUACAUCGUGGGUGGAACUACUGCUGCUGUCCCUUACACAGAAGAAGCAUAUAUGAAGCUUGGAAGGAAUGUGGCCAGGACGUUCUUGGACUAUUACAGGCUGAACUCCUUGGUGGAAAGACCACUGGCAGCAACUCCUAAAAUUCGGAAGGAAAAGCCGCCAGCCUUUAAAUGCACCACCCAGAAGAGCCAGGGGACCAGCCAUGCUGACAGCAAGCCAGGGAAGAGAAGCCAGGCACACCUGAAGGACCAAUCUCUCCCUGCACGAUGAGAGGAGAAGAGAGGAGAGGAGGGCUGGUUUGUGUGGUGAGGUGGAAGAGUGCAGCUGGAGCUGGAACUGCUGAUAUUUCUCUUCUUUUUUUUUUUUUUUCCCAGAUAAGUAUUUCUAAGAUAACAAAUAGUCCAGAGGGAAACGAAGGAGAGGGAAAUUAGCUAGAAAUUUUACCAUUGAUUCUUUUUUAUUUAUAGACGGUAAAUCAAUUUCAAGCCUUUUUCUUUCUUUUUUUUUUUUAGCUCUCAUCUCUGGGAAAAAAAGAAAGAAAAAAAAAAAAAAAAGUGACCCAAUAGAUCUAGAGAAAUCAUUUGCAGUGGCUGAAAAGCUAUUUGUUAAAACGAGAAGGCCUCCCCUUCCUCCACCAGCUCCUCUCUCUCCCUCUCUGUUAAGGGGUAAUCCAUACAAUGAGCAAAUGAGGGAGUCCUGGCUCCCCUGCUUCACUAUGUGAUGUCUCCCCAUUUAGUGUCAGGCUCAGAAGCUUUUAUGCCAAUUGCAUGUGCUAGCCCAGUUAGCUUGCAUUAUGAGAGCCUGAUAAAUAGCUUCUGGGAGUCCGGCAGGUGCUCCUCAGUGUGCCGUUUAUCAUCUGCUGCAUGGUUAGGCUUUUGCUCUUCUAUCAGAUCAUUUGAGGAAAGUGGUCGUAUGAGAAAUGCUAGUGGUGUCACCUGUCAGGUGCAGCACAAAAUUCGCUGCAAGCCCUGUCUAACAGGCAGAAACCAUGUUCCUCCAGCAGUAGCUGGUAGGAAUCUAGGAAGAGUGGGCUUCCAAAAGAUUUAUGACUGAGGCAGUGUCAGCGAGGGGUAGCGCUGAAAGAGAAGGUGCUGAGACCCAGAGGAUAGAAAGGGGAAGGAUGAACCAGAAUGAGGUUAAAGGGAGAUAUGUGAAACAAGAAUGAAUGAGUUCCCCUUGGUGUCAGGUGGUCCCAAUGAAGUAGCAGUCCAAGACUCUGUAGUAAAGGAAGUGAGGUUGGUUGCUCCUCUUCUCUAAGCCAGGACAUGACCCUUGCAAUCUAGAAACAGGGUCAGACCCAGCUGGGUAGUCAUGAUGGGCUGGAUAGAGAAGAAAGCAUCCUGGGCAAAAAUGAAGAUAUAUGAGAAAAACUGGAAAUUAUAGGCAAUGGACCUUCCAGGCUAUUUAAAUUUACUGCCCCUAGUGAAAAUAUUCCCUGUAUCUUCAGCUGCGGAGAACUGGCUGCGGAACCUGAGCAUUACCAACACUAAACCAAUCUAUGAGCCUACAAAGAACUACCAGAAAGCAACCUGAGUUGUAUUUAUGCAGCCAGGAAACUAGUAGUUCCUCAUAUGCUCAUCUAUCUUUGAAUACUGUAUCUGUCCCAGUGUUAUUUUGGGUGUAAGGGAGCUCUGCAUAAGGUCCUUUGGGGUCUCUGCCAUACAAGCUAAUACAAAGCAAGCAGGGUCAAGGUCUGCAUUCUGUGUCUUAGGACCUCACACACUCUUCUGUAGUCCUAUUGCACCACCCAGACAGCCCUCCUAGGACCAAUGGCACAUGGUUUCCAAUCUGAUUAGCAUGACUGGACUGCAAUCAGAAUGAGUGAGCAGGUACAAUUUGGGAGAAAAAAAAAAAAAAAGGGCUUUGCAUGCCUCUAAAAAGUGCAAACUACUCAGGAUCUGACAAAACUUGAGCUGAUUGUUUCUGUGCAUUAGUCAGCUGCUUGCUGAGCUUUCAUUAGUCCAUUAGUUAGUUUGUUUGUCUCUGAAAAGGGUAACUUGGCUAAAACAAGAUACCCCACUGGAAGGAGAAUGGUUUAAAAUACCGAGCAAAUGUGAUGUUGUCAGUCUUUCAAGGUGAGGGGGUUAAACUGUGAGCAUUUUAGGGAGAAUAAAACGCCCUCAUAUGAUGAAUUCCAAGGCAUCCAAAAGGCAUAGUGCUGGCUCUCUGUCUCCUAGAGCAGAGUAAUGAAUAGCUGUGACAGUGUGAUAAUUAAAAUGACCUCUUGAAGAUAUGGAUUAGAAGGUAUGCAGAGGGGGGAUAAGUUCUCCUUUGAAUUAAUCUACUGUUAAUUUAUGACUAUCAUUGGGUUUUAUAGGGUUUUAGUGGAAGACUUUCAAAGUUGGUUUACUGGGAGGAAAAUGUUCCUUUUGCAUAUUCAGUGAGAAAAUAUUUGCAGAAUUCCUUGUUAUUUAUUUUUGAAUGGUUCUAUUUAUAUACGUAUGCAUAUAUAUAAUAAGAGAGUUUCAGAUAUUUGCUUAGCUGCUAAAGGAUUUGCUCAAGAAAUACGAAU